AUGUCGAGCACAUCUCCGCGAAAGUUCGCCGAGAAAAUAGCGAUUAUGAAUCGGAAGCAGAGCGAAGACAUGAGCACUUUCGAUAGCAUAAUGCGUGAGGUACGUCAGAUUACGAGUAGCUCGGAAACGCAAACUACAUCGCAACCAUCGACGUCACUAUGCCCUCCUCAGUGGAAUCCAAUUGGUGGUUCGUUACCAAACGUCCACCAAAUGCCGUCAUAUCAUACUGACUGGGGUGCUAGCUGGAUCCCCACCACGCAAAAUGCUCAUCGAAGUCGAUCUUCUGAUCAACACCCGAUACUAUACCAUCCAUACGGGCGAGGACAAAGAUCCCCAGAUCGAGUGCCACCUCUCGGUCCGCAUUAUGUACCGUAUCCAAAUCCACAGUACCAACUACUCGCUCCGGAGCAGUGGAAUCAUGCAUCAUUUUGGGAUUUGGAUCUUGUGUCAUUUUCCUGGGAGUUGUUCGCCCCGUACGGCCCGGUAACUUCAUUGAGAGUUGAAAAGCACAGUUCAAUGGGCGGUGAGUGCUGUAACGUCGUUGAUAUUAGCUCAUAUCAUUUCCAAAAAGGCACAGAGCUUUCUGAAGGUCUUGAGAUGGUGAUAUUUUUGGAGGGAGCGGAGCUUCACUGGAAAAAGUCAUGUUAUGGUAAUGUCGACGAACUGCUCUACUCGCAUUUGUUCGCUGCUCUCUCUCUCUCUCUCUCUCUCACUCCGAUGGCUGGGCCUAGUGGUUUGAAUCAAAUGAUGCCCUUUGGUCUACUAGGCUCGAUUCCAAAUAACAUGGUUUCUUCGCAACAAGGUAUGGUACUACCAGUGCAAACCAUGGUUGGUGCACCGCUGCAGUCAAGCCAUCCAUCUGAUGUGCAAGGUAUAAGUAUGCAGUCACCAUUACAUUCCCCGCUCGGUUAUCAUAUGCAAAAUUAUGGAUUCCCGAACGGUAGUCCUAUGCAGUCACCGAUAGGCUCUCCAAUAAGCUCGUCUAUGAUGUUAGAGGAGAGGACGACGCCUGUCAUGGAGCUGAGUCCUCCAAGUGCAAGUGAUCCGUGCAGUGAGCUAAGAGGGCAUUUCUAUGAAGAGUUUCUUCCGACAUAG